AUGCAGGCAUUUAAGGCCUGCGCUCCUCGGGCGCUGCGAUCUGCGACUAGCACUACGUCAAGAAGCUAUGCCACAGUCUCGUCGGGUUCACCCUAUACUCAGACGCGGAAUAACUUGAGAAUCCACGCGGACACGAAAGUCCUCUUUCAGGGUUUCACGGGGAAGCAGGGCACAUUUCAUGCUCAACAGGCAAUUGAGUACGGCACUAAGGUUGUGGGUGGAACGAACCCGAAAAGCGAGCCUCCCCAUCAGCUUCUUGCAAAGAUACAACAUGCUGACCGCAAGCAGAGGCCGAAUGUUACCGAGGGUGUAAAAGAGACAGGAGCUACUGCAAGUGUCAUAUUCGUACCGCCUCCGGUAGCAGCAGCUGGUAUCAUGGAAGCUAUUGAAGCUGAAAUACCGCUGGUGGUUUGCAUUACUGAAGGAAUUCCCCAACAUGAUAUGCUUAAGGUCACCGACGCGCUAAAAACCCAAAGCAAGACACGUUUGGUCGGUCCCAACUGCCCUGGAAUCAUCGCGCCCGGCCAAUGCAAGAUCGGCAUCAUGCCAGGAUUCAUCCACAAACGAGGAAGAAUUGGGAUCGUAUCAAGAUCGGGAACACUGACAUACGAGGCGGUCAAUCAAACAACCCAAGCAGGUCUCGGACAAUCUUUGGUCGUGGGUAUCGGAGGUGAUCCAUUCAGCGGCACCAACUUUAUUGACUGCCUGAGUGUUUUCAUGGAAGACGACGAAACAGAGGGUAUCAUCAUGAUUGGUGAGAUUGGAGGGAGCGCCGAGGAGGACGCGGCAGAGUUCCUGAAGAGCGAGAACAAGAAGAACAAGCCCGCAGUCAGCUUCAUUGCCGGUAUCACUGCCCCUCCAGGACGCCGAAUGGGACAUGCUGGUGCUAUUGUCAGUGGAGGAAAAGGUGGUGCCGAAUCAAAGAUCUCGGCAUUGGAAGCUGCUGGAGUGAUCGUGGAGAGGAAUCCAGCCAUGCUGGGCAAGUCAUUGCAUGCACAGUUCGUCAACCGGGAUCUGGUCUGA